GCUACUCAUCAUCAGUAUAUCUCCCCUCAGCGUGUCAGAUUUCUCACGUCUCUCCUUGAUCCAUGAUGAAUUGUUAGCUCACAUCCAUCACUCAUCUACUAAUCCUCGACUCGUUCAAACCGGACCCUCAAUCGACCGCCUCCCUCGAUGGCUUCACCAGUGGCGCUGGCGCCGCCACCGCCGAUAUAUAUCCCAAUGACGAAUAGCGCAAGAGACUCGCUCAUAGCUAUCUGUUUUCUAUGGACAACUUUCGCAUCGGUAGUAUUUGCUCGACUCUGGGGAAGGUAUCGUGGAAUUGGCGUUGGCGGGGAUGACAUCUUGGCUUCGGCUGCUUGCCUUCUAUCAGGCAGCACUAUAGGUAUGAAUGCAGCAGUUUUCACAUCUGGUGUCGGGUACAACUUUGACCCCGAAUCUGAGGUGUAUCCAAAAUUACUCAACAACAUGCAGUUCAUCUUGAAGACGACAUUUGCCUUUACUCUCAUCUACCUCUGGGCACUGGCAUCCUUGAAGCUCAGUCAGUUAUGGUUCUAUUAUAGAGCCUUUUCUGUCCAACUCAAGUGGUGGAUCUUCGUCAUUGGCGGUGUUGUCAUUGCAUGGGCUUUGGUAUUCACUUUUGUCUUCAUCUUUCUCUGUGAUCCGAUCUCCCAACAAUGGACAGUGCAACGAAUCGGCCACUGCAUGGACCAAAUUCUAGUGCUCAAGUGCAUCAUCAUGACAAACGUUGUCACUGACUUAUUCAUUGUCAUUCUGCCCAUCUGGACCGUCUGGAAAUUGCAAAUGCGGAAAACAGAAAAGUUUGCUGUCAUUGCCUGCUUCGCCCUUGGUUUAGCAUGCUGCGUGAUUGGCAUUGUUCGCUUCUGGCAGAUCUACGUUAUCGAUCUCAUCGGCAAUUUGACUGGCACUUCCUUAACGACAUUCAUGCUCUGUACAGUUGAACUUAUGCUUGCAGGUCUUUGCAUCAAUAUCCCCAUGCUUCGACCCUUCUACCUCAGAUGGAGAGCUAAGUACAAGUCCUCCUCGCUAGAAAAUUGGAAUAGCCAGAGCGCGUUAAACAAGGGGUCGCGCAGUGAGCAUAUCAAAGUACAACCCAAACCUGGCCAGUAUACGGCAUGGAUAGAACUAAAUGACAAGGACCACGAGACUGGCAGCAAUGACGAUUGCGGUUCCGAACGAAAAUUGACGAGAGAACAUACCAAUGCCGCAAUACACGUACACACAAAUUGGAAAGUGACCCGGGAAUGAAGAAAUGACGAGAGGAGGGCUGGAGAAAGCCAGUUGGCCGUUACACUGCUUUACUUGAGGAUCCAAAUGACUGUCAAACUUCCUGCCUCGCAGCAGCAUUGGAAAAACCGCAGAAACUAGCAAGUGUUCAAUUUAACUAAGUUCUUGGGCUUUCAACUUGGGAAGGAAGAGCAGUAUUUUUCUUAGCUUAUAGACACAUAAGGGUGUAAAGAAGCUUUGGUUUGGCGAAGGAAUUGCCAGAUAACAGUCGAGAGCGAAGAAUCGGAACGACACCUUGCUUUCGGGAUUCUAGUAACUGAAACCGCGUACGCCUGUCUUCUCUUGCGGGCCCUUUCUCGCAUAUACUUCGGUGCAAGGUCUUAGUUUUGUUGGCUGUUUUCUUUCAAUCUUGCCACCCGCUCGGCUCUGCUUUCGCUAUUUGCAUCGAAGUAGG